UCUCCUGCUGUUAGUGAAAAUGAUGGUCAAGGUGGUGGACGGUAAGUAUCAUUAACUCUUAAUCCUUUGCUGUUAGUGUCAGAUGUACCUGUUCAGAAGACAGUACACAACCUUCAGUGGCAGUGGAAGAAAUGUGGGUUUUUGUGUUGGUUUUUGCCGUUUUCAAAGAGUUGGGCAUUCAAGCCAUGUCAUUUAAUCCAGCCAAGAUGGAUGAUCGCAAGGGUUUGACCUUUCCGGAUUCGAGUGAAAUUGGGGGUGAUUUUUUGUACGAGACGGUGGUCCCCAACUGCCAAAAUCACACGUACUGUGAACACUUGGACCGCUACCCUAACGAACUAUUUUCCAAAAUAUUAAAAAGCCGCGAAAAGGAGUUUUCUCGGUACUUUCAGAGUAUGGCAGUAAUAGAGCCCAUUAUGAGUAGGAACCAAGACACUUCCUGUAUUUGUGCAUCACGCAAAAGUAUUAUAUACCCAAAAGCGGCAUAUAAUAUAAAAAAUAAUCUGAAAUUUAUCUACAACUUCGAUGGAUACAAACAAGGAGUGUCCGUAGAGGUCUGCGUGAUAAAAAAUCAAAUGUGCAAAUUUUACGAGAAGGUGAGAAAGUUAAAAACAAGGUGUCGACAAAAGUUCGUCGAAAAAUUGUUACUGACGGCUGAUGAAAAUGGAAGACCGUACGCUGAUAGGUACAGAUUUCCAUCAGCUUGUGUCUGUUCGUACAAGAUAAUUAGCUCUAAUGUGUUUUUUACUUAAAGUUGGGGUAAGUUUCGUAAUUUAAAUUUUGUUUCACCUACUAACUCAUUUUUAGUAACUGCAGAGUAAUACAUUUACUUUGUGGAGAAGUGAACUGAGACGAUUUUAUCCCUGUAAUUAUCGCAGUAUUAGGUGGAAGAAAACGAUAGGUAUUAAUCACAAUUUAGUGAAUCCCAGCUAAUAAUUCUUGAAAAGUAAUUACGUGUGAUUUGUGUGAUUAUGACGAAUUGUAGGUACGUAAGUUAUUGUGGACUAAUGUGUGUUUUUAUAAUUAAAUUUUAGCAAUUUUAGUCCGGACGUUAGUCAAGUUUUUAUUUAUUGUUACAAGCUUUACCAGUGUCUGAAACUGUUUAAGCAUUUUAUGAAAUAUUAUGUUAGAACUAGCUUAAGCAUUAAAAAUGUACAAACAGACGAAAAGUAUUGUAGUAUUGUAAAUUUAUGUGUACUAUAAACUGUAAUUAAUAAAGCUGUUGAUGUUCGAAUGAACUUAUUUUAUGUGGGAAAAUGAAUAAAAUUUGUUGCAAACAGGAAAGCUAUUAAUAACUGAAACUUAAAUGAAUUUCCUUCAGUUUUGUUUGAGGAACGGUGUGGUCUGAUGUGCGUCCGUGAUGCUGAGUUAUUUGUAUUUGAAAUAAGAAGCCUCUAAUUUAAUAGUAAUAGGUGAGUUGGUUAAAUUCAACCAAAACGUAGUGUGGGCUCUUCUUGCACCUUUAUUGUAACAAAAAAAUUCCACAUAUCUCACUCUUAAUACUUUAAUUAAUUGCUGUUGUGGCACAAACCAAUUGUUAGAUAUAGUAUUUAAAUAAUGCUUGAGGAAAUAAGAAUUUUGUUAAAUUUUGUCCUGCAACGGUUUGUUAAAUCUUACAUUGUGCGUGCAGAAAUCUUCAAGUCGUAAAAACGAUCUUAUGUUGAUUUAAAGAGUUUAUAGCUGCAAAAUAUACAUUUCUUCGAUUUAUUGCUUGACUUGUUAUUUCUGGAGGAAAGUGACGGCAAAAGCAAAUAGCAUUGAUACAAACCAUUUUUUAUUUGUUAACAGAUUCAAGUUUGGUACAAGCUUGGGUGUAAAAUAAAUUUUUCUAUAAGUUUAGUAGUAAAUUAAUUAACUAGUGGCAUACUAAAACCAAAUAAAUACGGUUAUUUAUUAUGUAUUGCUUUUAUUUUAAGAAAACCUAAAGCAAUUUCAGUUACAACUUUAAAUACUUUAUUCGCGGUAAAUAUUAUAUUAAAUCAACAGGUGUAAUAAAAUCGCUGAAUUUGAAUGAACCAUUGUUUUUGAUGUUGCUGUUGCAGACUGUUUAUUGAAUGUUACUUUGAAGUAAUUACAUAAAUUAGAUUCAUUGGGCAUUAAUUAUAUGAUAUUUGAAUGGACACUAAUUAAAUUCACUGAGUCAGUAUAGGGAGAAUAAAAACGUUUCUGAAAUAUUUGUCUGAAUGAAAUUAAA